AUGGACAACUUCAACGAUGAUCUCUACCCAUUAGCAUUGCUAAUGGAUGAGCUAAAGCACGACGAUGUGGCGAACCGUGUUCAAGCAAUGCGAAAAGUAGAUACCAUUGCCAUGGCAUUGGGUCCUGAAAGAACCGUAAACGAGCUUCUCCCGUUUCUUCACGACGUUGCCCAGGAUGACGAAGAGGAAGUUUUCGCUGAACUUGGUACAAAAUUGGGGUCUUUCGUGCCCUUGGUGGGCGGCCACCAGCAUUGUGAGCCAGUGAUACAAAUUUUGUUGAUUUUGGUGUCGAUGGAAGAACCAAUAGUUCGUGACAAGGCGAUCGUUUCACUCAAUUUGAUUGCUGAUGAACUCAACGACGAAGAACUCCAUGGAAUCUUCUUGCCCAUGGUAUCAACAUUGAGUCUGGGAAAUUGGUUUCUGAAAAAAGUCGCUGCUUGUGGUCUUUUCAAGUCAAUCAUUCGUAGGGUCAACGAGGAAACCCGCCAUGAAUUGCUCCAAACAUACUUAAAAUUACUCACAGAUGACAGUCCUAUGGUGCGCCGUGCUGCCGCUUCCAAUUUACCCGCCAUCAUUGAAAAAUUGGACGGUGCUCUUCCCGCAGAUUGGGACGUUAUUCUGGCCAUGUUCCACCAUUUGGUACUGGACGAUCAAGACUCGGUCAAGUUCUUAUCGGUGGAUGUUCUCGUGGCCAUAUUGGCCCGUUUCAGAGAACUGGGUGACGAUAGCCACAACUCUCAGUUCUUGGCUUCUGUUCUUGCCCUUAUAGGUGAUGCUUCCUGGCGGGUACGUUACACCGCAGCUGACAGAUUUGGAAAACUUGCAACCAACUUUGGUGAUGCUGAACUCGCCAAGCUUGUUGAUCCAUUCGUGUCUUUAAUGAAGGACAAUGAGGGUGAAGUUCGUAAGGCGAUUGCUCGUCAGUUACCUGACUUUUGCGAAUACCUCGCUAAUAUUCCAGAUGGACGCUCUAUCAUAGUGGAAAAAAUCGUUCCCGUUGUUGCGGAGUUGGCAGAAGACCCUCAUGAGGCUGUCAGAGCAGCAGCGGCAUCAAAAGUCACUGGGUUGGCCCCCAUACUCGGAAAAGAAGCCACCAUCGAACAACUUUUACCAAUUUUUUUGGUCAUGUUGAAAGACGAGUUUCCUGAAGUACGUCUCAAUGUCAUAUCCAGUCUCUCGGUGGUCAAUUCUACCAUCGGAGUCAGUCUCUUGUCCACUCACCUUCUUCCUGCCAUAACUGAAUUGGCCCAAGAUUCCAAAUGGCGUGUUCGUUUGGCAAUUAUUGAGUACAUUCCCAAGCUCGCCGACCAGUUGGGAGUGUCAUUUUUCAAUUCGGAACUCCUUUCCUUGUGUAUGCUGUGGCUCUGGGACCCAGUGUUUGCUAUUCGUGAUGCCGCCGUCAACAACUUGAAAGAACUCAUAGUCAUUUUUGGUUCGGAAUGGGCCAAUAGGGAGAUUAUCUCGCGGUUGUUGCACUCUCCCGAAUCGUCACAAGAUGAUCAAGAUCAAAUUGAUUACUCAAACUUUGUUAUUCGUUUGACAUGCUUGUUCACUGCCACCAAAAUUAUUCCAGUAGUUGACUUUGAUAUUGUGGUGUCGUCUAUUUUACCAUUUGUGAACCAUUUGGUGAACGAUUCCGUGCCCAACAUCCGAUUCAAUGUGGCCAAAUUGUACUUGGUUUUGGCUGAAACUUUUGCAAACAGUGGUCAACCCAAUGCUUCUUCCAUUGUAUCGAACGACAUUCUUCCCAAGUUGGAAAAAUUGCAAAGUGAUGAAGACGUCGAUGUGCGUUUCUAUGCCAGUCGCAGUAUCCAGGGCAUUGAGAACCUUGCCUUGAAGGCAAAUUGA